CUCCCCGCCAGCGCCGACUUGGUGAAGGCAACAAUGAUGCCCGGUCCUCACAUCCCGCCCGCUGGGCCUCACCAUCCGGGCAGGCGACCCAAUCCCUAUGCCGACCACCAGUAUAUGCCUCCCCAGGCCCAUUCGCCUGUUCAUCACAAUCCCUACGCCGCCUAUCACCACCCGCAGCACUAUGCUCCUCCCCACGCAUCGCCCUACCCGCCCCAGAUGCAGCAGCACAUGCAGCAAUGGUAUAACCCGUACCACCAGCCCCAUCCCCACCAGUAUGCCAUGCCUCCUCGCCAGUUCCAGCCGCAGCCUCAACCACACGGUUCGCCUGUCGUCGUAUCGUCCCAUCCGCAUAUGGCACACAUGCCUCCUCCAGUAAACCGGGCCAUGGGUCACACUCCCCCGAUUGUGCAUUCCCGUACGCCCCCAGCUUUGCAGAGGAUGUCCACUCCCCACCGCACCCCGCAGCAAGCUCCUUCGACGCCAUCCGUUCAUUCACAGCCUCCCGUAGCUAGCUCAUCCUCGCCGCCCGCUAACUUGUCUACACCCACUCCGCCGCCGACCACCCCAUCCAUGUCCUCUGUCGUCUCCACUCCGGCCCUUCAACCUGGCACCUAUCUCCCUUAUUAUCCGGAAUUGCCAUGGAAGUCUUUCGAAGGUGACGAUUUCCCUGCCCGAGCAUCACAGAAGAAACGGCGAAGGAGAGCUCCGGUACCGGCUCAAGAGCAAGGUCUCGCUCUGCCAUCGCGCGAGCUACCUGUUGAGGGCAAACAAGACGAAACGGUCGUUGAAGAGUCUGAAAAGGCACAGACGGAGGAACCUGAGGACUCACAGGCUUCUACUGUCGCUGCUGCCUCGGAACGCGAGGUCGAUACUCCUUCUACGUCUCACCCGCCCUCGGAGAACGAAUUGACUCAUGCUGCACCUGUACCAUCAGCAGAAGCUGUCAAAGCAUCGCACACUCGGUCCCAGACAAAGCCCGCAGUCCCCCUGAUUCCUAUCAGAUCUGCCAAAGCUCCCAGUGUGGCUUCUACGACUCAAAAAUCGGCCAAGUCCAUAUCGGCAGAACAAGAGAGUCCCAAGGCCGCUAAUGGUUCCGCUGCAGCCACCGCUGAAGGCGCUCAAGAGGCUCCCAAAGCCGCGGCCGCACCCAAGCAGGCACCCAGCUCAUGGGCAGCUCUUCUACGUAAAAAUGCACCAGCGCCAGUACAAGCAGCUCCUGCGACGAAUGGCGUCCUUUCCCCCACCAAUGCACCCCCACCUCCCACCAGCAACUCCUUGGGUGACGUCCUUGCUUCCUUCUCUGUCGAUUCUGACAAAAAGCUUUCUUUUCUUGAGCCCCGUGGUCUUGUAAAUACGGGCAAUUUGUGUUAUAUGAAUUCUAUCCUUCAAAUGCUUGUCUUUUGCGUUCCAUUUUAUGACUUCUUAGAUCAGGUUGCGAAGCGCGCUGUGCAUAGCUUCAAGUCUGAGACCCCUCUUGUAGAUGCCAUGAUCAUGUUUAUGCGCGAUUUCAAGGUCAUUGACUCGGCCUCUUCUGCUGAGAAGCUUCGUCUGCGACUCAAGGACACCGAGCUGGAGCAAUACGGCGAACCGCUCACCCCCGAAUACGUAUACGAUGUGAUUAAGCGCCUUCCUCGCUUCGACAACAUGAAACGAGGUCAGCAAGAAGAUGCGGAGGAAUUCUUGGGGUUCUUAUUGGCGGGAUUGCAUGACGAAUGUGCACAGGUCAUCAAAUCUUCUCGGUCAACAGGUGCUACUGAAAAUGUGCCCUCUCCCAAGAGCGAACGCUCGGGAUCCAUCGAGGGAGAAUGGCUCGAGGUCGGUCCGAAGCAAAAGUCGGCCAUCACACAGUCUUCUGGUGCGAUUGAAUUUGAGAGUCCACUUACCAAGAUGUUCGGCGGAAAGAUUCGAUCCGAAUAUCGCAAGCCGGGCGAGAAGCCAUCAGUCACCCUCGAGCCUUACCAGCCACUGCAGCUAGACAUUGGUUCCCCUGAUAUCAACAGCAUUGCUGAUGCCCUCAAAGGUCUGACCCGUCUAGAGACUUUGGAUAGCGCCACACGCGGUGGCCGAGCUUCCACCAAACAAAUGUUUAUCGAAACGUUGCCACCUGUGCUCAUCUUGCACCUGAAGCGUUUCCAUUAUGACGCUAACGGCCCGCAGAAGAUUUGGAAGAAAAUCGGAUAUCCUCUGGAGUUGGAGAUCCCCAAGGAGGUGUUUGCUCCUCAUAUGCGAGGACUGGUCACUGCACGGGGUGGUCUGCCACGGUACCGGCUUACCGGCGUGGUGUACCAUCACGGCAAGAACGCUAGCGGCGGGCAUUAUACUACUGACCUUCGCCGUCAGGACGGCCGCGAAUGGAUUCGCAUGGACGAUACUGUGAUUCGUCGUAUCCGCGCUGAUGAGGUUGCAGAAGGAGGUGCAGAGGAAGAUCCCAAAGUGCUUGCGGAGGCACUGGAGCAGCACAAGAACGACACGACGAAGAGCAAGAACAUGUACGAGCAGAUCGGUAUAGGCGAGUACGGUGAAGAGGCGGACAAGGGCGGAUGGAGCAAGGUCAACGGGUCCGAAAAGUCGGGCAGCAAGAAACUGAACGGUCUAGUGAACGGAGCGGCGACUCCCAACUCGGCCGGAAAGCGAACACCCCUUAUCAAGGAGAAUGUGCGGGACAAUAAGGUAGCCUAUAUCUUGUUCUACGAGCGCAUACACGCUUGA